ACUAAUACUAUUAAUUGUACCAAUAUUUAUUUAAUAUCUAUUUAAAUAUACGGUUAUAGUUAUGUAUUUUUCUUGAAUGUUUUUGAAAUAUAAAACUGAAUGUUUCAUAAAAAGAAUCAAAUUAAGUUAUUAAUAUUAUUAAAAAAUGCUUAUCGAAAACAUUUCCGUGGCUACUCCAAUAAAGAAAUAAAUUUAAAAAUGAGGGUUUUGAAUGUUGCAGAAAAAAAUGACGCUGCAAAAAACAUUGCUGGACAUUUGUCUGGUGGUAAUCUCCAAAGGGUAAUUUAACUAGUUUUUUAAACUAAUUUUUAUUAAAAAAUAAACAAUGUAAUAGUAGGUAAAUAAUUACCAAUAUUGAUGUUUGAAAUUUAUUACAGAGAGAAGGAUUUUCAAAGUUUAAUAAAAUAUAUGAGUUUAAUCAUACUUUUCAUGGAUCGCCAAGCACAAUGAUUAUGACAUCGGUUUCUGGUCAUUUACUUGGAUAUGAAUUCCAAGAUGCCUACCGUUUAUGGAAUUCUUGUUCUCCUCUUGAAUUAUUUGAUAUUCCAGUGGUUAAAGAAUGUCCCAAAGAUUAUAUAAAUAUUAAGGUUUGUGGUAUUUAAUUUAUUUUAUACAUAAUAGGUAUAGGUAAGUUUCUGUAUAUUGGUAUUAGAUAUCAAACUAUUUUAAUUUGAAUAUGAGUUUCAAGAUUUUAUUUGAUACAUUUUUAAUGCCAUAAUUUUUUUGUCAGUGUAUAUUAAAAAUCUGUAUUAACUUAAAACUAAUUGUCUUGCAAAUUUUAAAAUAAAUGAUUAAGAGAUUAUUGUACAGUGUGGAAUUGCUAUUUGAAAACACUAUGUCCUUUCAAUCAAUGGUGCAAUUUGAAUUUUUUUAUAAAUUCUUAUGGUUGUAAUACACAUUUAAUAUUAAUUCGAGUUGUGUAUGCACAAUUCAACUUUUUUUGGCACCCACAUUUAUUUAAUAUUUUUUGGUGUACUGCUAUUAAGUAAUAUUAAUGACAAAAGUAGAGAAUAAUGAAGCAUUAGUUGUUCAUGAUCUUAUGACAGUUUUAAUAAGUUGUGCAAAAUCAAUAUUUUUAACAAAUUUAAUAUUAAAUAAAUUGAAAUCUCAGCUAAUUUUAGACUAAGAUAAGUGGUUUGACCAUUAAAAUGAAUCAAUGCCUGCCAUGGCGCAAAAGCAAUAAAAUAAAAUUCAUGAAAAAAUAUAAAAUAAUUAGUAAAAGAGGGGUUGAUAUUUAAGAAAAAAAGUUUUAUUGCGCAUAUACAUAUCUAAUCAUCAUUAUUAAAAUUUCUAAGUUAGUGAAAAUAAGAAUUACUUUAUAUAACUAAUUUAAAAAAAAAAAAAAUAUUAAUAUAUACUUACAAAUAACCAAAAAUGGCUAUUUGUAAGUAUAUUACUCAGUUUUUUAUAUAUUCAUUUAGUGUUUCCACACUAUACAGGUUGAAGAGGAAUAUUUAACAAAUGUAAUAAACUGGGUAAUAACUUUUUUCUAUUUUUUAUUUUUUAUUUUUUAAAUUAUUAUUACUUCUUGACACUAUACUUUAUCCAUGUUAAGUUUUUCAAAAUAGAAAAUUUAACAGUGUAUUUAAAAAUCAAAAUAAAAAUCGAAAUUGCCAUUUUUUAAAUCUGAUUUUUAGAAAAAUAUUGGUGUCAAAAACUUUUACUAAGGUUGAGUUAAGUAUUUUUACAGUUAUGUCAAAUAAGACAUUUUUUUGCAUGGUUAAAUUUUUAACCGUGAAUCUGAUAAAAGAUUAUCAUUUAUCGUUAGUAAAAUUAGCAAAAUAUAAAUUUGAAUUUCAACAAGCUUUAAACAUUUCUAAAUAUGUAUUUUUAAAAUAGUUUUCUUGGAUUAUAAAAAAUCUAAAUUAAUUAAAUUAUAGAAAACACUAGUUCGAGAAGUUCGAACAUGUAAUAUCUUAGUAAUAUGGACUGAUGCUGAUAGAGAAGGAGAAAAUAUUGGAUUUGAAAUAAUUAAUGUGUGUAAAGAAGUAAACCCAAGAAUUCAAGUUUAUAGGUAAGUUGUUAUUUUAAUUUUAAAUAUUUUGAUAAUAAAGAUAAAAGGGAAAUGUGUACAAAAUUAAGUAAUUUGUUUGGACAAUUUGUCCUAUUAUUAGGAGUCUACCUGUUUCAGAGAUGUAAUUAAAUAUUAAGGCAAGCUACUUGAAAUUGGUAACCAGUUAAAACUGGUUGUAAAACAUUGUAUGGUAUGGGAAAAUGCUUACUAGUACCCUUAUUGAAAAAAAACGUGAAUAUCUUUGAAACAAAAAACAAGCAAAAAGAAUAAGUGCAAAAACAAAUGACUUAAACUACUUUUUCAAAAUGUUGUGAUGAGGAUGUCAAGAACUUGAAACUAUGAUAAUAGAGGAUGAUAGGAUAGAAAGAGAGAGGUUUGAUAUGACCCUGAUCACCCCAUCGUCCCCUCAACCAUAUGCAUGGCCAUUCCAUAAAUCGCCCAAACACAGAAUGUUAGACUGUUCAAGUCCAGUGGAAAUAGUGUUAAAAGUCAAUUACCAAGUACAUCAGUAGUAGAGCAAUCGUCUGGCAAAUGCGAGACUGGUUUAUUUGCCUAAUUUUCAGCACUAUUAUAACGGUCAUGUAAUAUGAGUAGGCCCCUUUUACACUUAAUAUAUUGUAGAUCAUGAGUGGCAGGCUUUGGAAGCACAGAUAUCAUUGGAUAGAGGAGGUAAUUACGCUUAAUUAUUAUUAGUUUUAUAAUAGUGUAGGUGCACAAAUUAUAUUAAUGGCGCUUAUAGUCCAAUACAUAUCUUAUACAUAUCAAUACAUACCUAUCAACAUCUAUGACUGACUUUACCUUUGUAGAAUAAAAUAAGACUUAAGAUUUAAUAACUAAAUCUUUCAAGAUUUAAUUUGAUAGUUUAAUGGGAGGUAUUAUCUUUUAAAUAAAAUAUCCCAAUUUUUAGUCUCAAAUAAAUAGCAGUUCUAGGUUAAAAGUGAAGAUAAAGAAUAAUAAAUUAUCCUGCAAUUCUUAAAUACAAUAUGUUAACAUUUUUAUAAAUACAAGUGAUGUUACAAACUUUGAUUUUUUAAGUCCAAAGUGAACCCUAAAUAAACUUUUCUUUAAAUAACGAACCUGAACUGAAGAUAUAUUAUUCUAUUUACAAAUGUAAAAGACUCAUUAUAUUAUCAAUCUUAAAUAUAUCUUAAAUUUCUUUAGUAUAAAAAUGUUAAUAAAGAGUGCCUAUUUUCAAGUUUGGCCUUUAGAUUCUGGGCCCGCUGGAUCUUUAACUUGGCCUUAUGUAUGAUACAUAUUUUGUAUGUGUGCACAGACAGGUAAAAAUAAAUUCCACUCGAUUUUCUUAUCGCUCUUUAGCAAAAUUAAUGUCACUGGUGUAAAUCUCAAACCUAACUGUUAGGUAAUUAGAUGGUUUGAUUAUUGUCAAUUUUCCCCUCAGUUUUUGAACAGUUUGUCACAUCAUAAAUCAACAUAUAUUUGGGUACAAUUGUAUGUUUAUUUAAAUUAUUUUAGAGCCUUAUUAUCUGAAAUUACUAAACAAUCAGUACAAAGAUCUAUGACCAAUCUGGGAUCACCAAAUAAAAGCAUCAGUGAUGCAGUUGAUGUUAGAAGUGAAUUAGAUUUAAGAAUCGGUAAAUACAUUUUUAUUAUUAAUUUGACACCAUUAUUUUAAAAUAAUUAUCAAUAUUUAUUAGGUGCAGCAUUCACUCGUUAUCAAACUAUGCGGUUACAAAAGGUAUUCCCUGAAGUAUUAUCUAAAAGUUUGAUAAGUUAUGGUAGUUGUCAAUUUCCAACACUAGGAUUUGUUGUUGAACGGUACAAAGAUAUUCAAAACUUUAUACCUGAACAAUUUUGGAAAAUAAAAGGUAUUUUAAUUACUCUUAUUAGUUAGAAUAAAUUAAUAAUUUAUUGAUAUUUCCUUUUUGUAUUUAUAGUCCAUCACAAAAUUGAAAAUAUAGAUGUAGAAUUUGCUUGGCAACGAAUAAGGUUAUUUGAUGAAAUUUGUUGUCGAGUGCUUUAUGAACGUUGUCAAGAAAAUCCAACUGCUUUUGUGUUGAAAGUAACUAAAAAGCCUAAAUCUAAAUGGCGACCAGUACCUCUUGAUACAAUUGUAAGUUAGCUUUAUAAACAAAAUUUUAUAUGACUAACUGGCAUUAUAUUAAUAUAAUUCAUAUUAAGAAGUUUAAUGCAGUUUAUUUUAUUUAACAAAUUGGCUAUCAUAUCAUUUGCGGCAGAUCAUGUUUGAAAUUGCCUAAAUAUAUAAGUGUACAAAUAAUUAAAUUAAGGUUUUAACAAUGUGGUUGACUGCAGUCUUAGUACAUUUCCAAAUUGCCAAAAUUAGUUAAAUUAACAAAAUUAAUCAUUGUACGUUUUCUAUAAAAACAUCAAAUUUAGUUAUGCAGUUACUUGAAAUAUUAAACAAUAAUAGAUAAAUAUUUAAUAAAAAACUUGUAUGAAAUUAUUAUGUUAGUAUAUAAAUUAGCCUAAUAAUUUGCAUUUAUGAUAGGAGUUAGAAAAAGCUGCUAGUCGUAAACUUGGAAUUAAUGCUAAAGAAACUAUGAAAAUUGCUGAAAAAUUAUAUAGUCAAGGUUUUAUUAGCUAUCCUAGGACUGAAACAAAUAUAUUUCCUAAAGAAUUGAAUUUAUCAAAUUUAGUUCAAUUACAUCUAGAAGAUAAUAAUUGGGGUGGUGUGUAUACAAUGUUUUUUACAAAUAGUUAAUUACAUAUAUGUCUAUACAAACUAAAAAUAAUUUAUUUAUUUUAGAUUUUGCACAAAGAGUUUUAAACAAUGGUCCAUCUCCUAGACAAGGAAAAAAAUCUGACCAGGCUCAUCCUCCAAUACAUCCUACCAAGUAUACACAUGGACUUCAAGGUAAGUAAGGCAAAUUAUAAUUCUUUAUUUUACUAACUAACUUAACCUAAGUUUCAUUAAAUUACUAACUACAUAAGAUACCUUAUCUUAUUUAUGUCCAAUUACUCAAUAUAAAAAACCCCCAAUGACAAAAAUAACUAUGUUUUUGUUAUAUGAAUAAGCUAAGCAUACUUAUUGCAUAAUUGAUAUAGAGGAAAACAUAUAAUCUUAAAAACCCCAUUUAUCAUAUUUUCUUCUUCUUUCAGCUUCUAUCUCUUCAAGAGCCUUUUCUGCUAUUACCAAAUUAUUGCACUUGUUACAAUCCUGUACCAACUCCCUCUUAUUCUUUACUCUGCGAUUUUUUAAAUCAUUAUCUACAACAUCAGUUUACUUGGUCCGAGCACAACCUUGUGGCCUUUUUCCUUCUGACAUUCAAUUUAGUACUAACGUGCUUGAUGUAUCUGUACUGCAUUACAUGUUCUUGCCAUUAUAAUCUCUGGCUUUUUAUGAAUCCAUUUAUUGUUGCUAUUUUCAAUUCCUCUCAAAGUUCCUUUUUGUACUUCCUACGCCACUGGCCUGUUUUUAUAUCUAUAACUGGACCACAUGUUCUAACCCAAAUUUUAUUUUCAGACAUAUUCUGUCUUUUCUGUGUGACACUUUUGGUAAUCCAUACUUCACAACCAUUCUUUGACAUUUUCAUUAGAUAGUAUUUCUAUAACAUUUGUUUUAUCUACGUUUAUCUGCAAACAUUUUUGUCCUGCUAUCCAUUUCAAUGCUUCAGUUGUUGUAAUUAUCUUCUAGAGAAUCGCCUAAGAUGUUAAGGUUGUUCACAAACACUUUUAUGUAGUAUUUAUCUAUGUUUAUCCUCUUGCUUUUUCUUGCAAUGUUCUUACUACUUUUUCUAGAACUAGAUUGAACCACAAUGGGGACAAUGUGUUACUUUGUUUUAACCCUGUUUCAACACUGAAAUCUUCUGAUUUAAUAUUUUGAAACAUUUUGAACUACGUAUACUUCACAUCAUACAUCAUACACCAUUACUUGGUGUUGAGAUGUUCUGAUUUAACUGCUAGAUCUAUCUUAUCCUAAGUAUUUCAUUUCUAAAAAAUGUUUAGCAUGCAUAAAGUUGCAUAAUGUGUAAUUCUUAAAUUAUAAUAAUAAAAUAGAAACAUGUAUAUUUUCAGAUAAAGAACGUAAAGUAUAUGAAUAUGUUGUAAGACAUUUCUUAGCUUGUUUAUCUCAAGAUGCCGAAGGAGAAGAAACUAUUGUAAACAUUGAAAUAAAUGGAGAAAAGGUAAUUUGUAUUACUUUAUAUGUUGGAAUAUUACAUUCCAUUUAAAGAUCUGAAAGUAAUGAAGAAGUUAUAAUAUUAAUUUUCCGAAGAUAUUUAUUUUAGAAACUGAGAGUAACAAAAAUUAUGUUAUUUUGACUAUAUGUUUUUUUUUUAAUUUGUAUGUCUGUAAACAAUUUUUCUACCAAACAACUCGCUGCAAUUGAAAAAAUGACAACUAAGACCUUUUUGUUGAAUUAUCAAGUUUUUUUUUGGAUUUUAAAUAUUAGAUUUUAUAUGGAUAAAAUUGUCUGACCUUAUUUGGCAAUUUGUCAAGCAUUUUAUUAUAAUGCUAAAAAUAGAAUUCAAUAUUCAUUAUAAAUUGUAGUUAAUAGUCCAAAAAUAGUUGACUGUAAUAUACUAGUUCUUUUAGAUUCUCAGAGAAGUAAGAAAUAUAUUGUUUUGUACAAUGGUAGAAUUUUUCUACCAGACCUUUUACUCUGAUUUUCAAAUGUAGCACUUUUUCUGAAAGUAAAUUUUUCUCUUGGUGGUACUUAUGAAGGUCAUUUUUAAUUUUCCAAGUGGAUUUGAUAAUAAUUGGGAAAAUGUACGAAAUAUAUUAUUUUCAAUUUUAUUUUUUGUUGUGAUUGAGUUAAAAUAUUAGUAAAUACUUGAAAUUUGAAUAGAAUACCGAUAGUUGUUUUUUCUAGACUUAAUAAAAUGUUCAAAAAUUUUAGCUAUUUUCGAGUUAUUUAGAGACAUUUUAAUUUUAAGAGCUUACGCAAUUUUUAUUCAGUAGGUACUCUAUGAAAUGUAGGGCUGACAUUUACUCAGGGCACUCUAUUGGUUUUAAGCAUACAGUCCUGAUAUUCAUCUAGUCCCAGCCGGAAGAGUAAAUAAUACCGAUUUCCUAAAAUAGGUCUCGUGUCUUAAUGUAAUUUUUUCCAAAAAUGUAUACAAUUAAUUUUGGAUAUUUACAUCAUUUUAUUUAAGAAAACGUUUUUAGCUAUUGGGUAUUUUUGUUUAUUUAUUUAAAUAAAUCUUUAUACUUAUUUAAACAUUUUCAAUCAAAUAAUUUGACAUUUUGACGUUCACUUUAUCUAUCCAACAACCGUCAUACCUAAUAUAAUCGUGUAGUAUUGACCGUCGUUGUGACAUGAAAUGACAAAACUAUUGCUAUGUUCACUUUGUUAAGUUUGUUAAGUAAUGAGAAAAGAGAAGGUUUUUGUUUUUUCCGAUAUGUAUACUGUACAUGAAGAAUUGGGCUUAUCAAAAUAGGUAUAAUCCUUACACAAAUUAAUUUGAUAGAGGGUAUAUUAUAGUCUAACUGGCGAGAAAAUUUUUCCAGAUGACAACCAAAACUCGUUCUUUCUUGAGUGUCCCAAGGCUAGUAGGUAGUAGAGUGGGAGAAAUUUGGCCACAGAACCCCGGAGCUUGUCCAUUUGUGCCAAAGAGCAGCGUUCUCUCACCGGCCAGAGUAUACUAGUAGUUAGAACCAUAGUUAGAAAAAUAAUUCAAGUUGGAGGCACUAAUAAUUUAUUUUGUAUUAAAAUCUACUAAUUUUUAGAUUGAUAAAACAUACUAAAAUAAUCUAAAUAACCAAUAAAAAAAGAUUCUGGGUAGGGGGAAUGUGCCCCCUCAAAUUGAAUGCCCGCUUUGUAAGCCCGUUUCUUUAAUGUUUGUUUAAAUUUCGGAUAGCGGUAACUGUCGGUUAACUUCAAAUUUAAUAGGCAGUUGGUUCUUAAAUGCGUUAGUUUAGUAAAAAGUCUCUGGUAACCGAAAAAUUAAUCGUCAAAUUUUUAACCGACAGAAUUCUGGCGAUUAAUCUCCAAUUAAACUAAAAUCUCUCGGUUUAUGUUAUCAAUACUUUUAGAUUCUGAGCAAAGAAGCUUAUGGUUUUAUAAAGAUGUAUAUUUUUUUUUUUGUGGACAACUUUUCUACCAGCAAUUUCGCUCCAAUUUUUAAUGAUAGCAAUGUUUCCGAAAGAAAAUUGCACUGAAGAGGUACUUAAGAGAGAUCGUUUUUACAUAUUCCCCUGAGUUUUUUCAGCAAAUGUAAAAAACUGGAAAAAUCGAUACAACAUUAAACAAAUAUUAUUCAAGAAAAAAUAUAGUCUAUUUAAUUGUUUUAUUAUAAUAUGGCAUAUUGUUAAAGCAUCACUAUCAACUGAAUUCCGCUCAGAAUCGUUUUUUUCUCGUAAUUAAUGGUUUAUAUCGUUAUUUACAUUAAAUUAUCUCUAACAGUGGCUGCACCUGUCCCCAUUAUCCUAAGACGUCUUUUUAUGAUUAUUGUUACUACUAAUUUUGUGUUUUAAAUUUGAUGUUGGAAUUUGUUCUGUAUGACUGUAUAGUGUAUACAUUUUUGUUUUGUUUUUUGUUACAAUAAUGGAUAGAGCUCUUCAUAUUAACUAAGAAAAUGAUUCUUCUGAAUUCGAAAAUGAAAUUGCAGAAUUUAACCUUUUUAGUUUGGAAAGAAAUUUUUUCGAAAACGCGAAAACUACUUGAUUUAUUAGACGAAGUAGUGUUUCUGAAACCAUUUUGUUUAAAAAAACAAAUAGUAGAGAAUGUCCUGGAAAAAAUAUUUGAUCAGAUAAAAUAUCCCAUAAACACCAUGAUCUGAUUUUUUACAUUCUUAAACAUUUGCAUGUUUUGCAACCAAUAUGAUCGACAGUGUUGUAAACAAUUACUGCAACGAGGUUAGGUUAGGUUAGGUUUUUAUAAUAGUGUUUAUUUUUUUUUUCUGUGGAAAACUUGUCUAUCAGCAAUUCAGCAAUUUUCCUAUGAUUUAAAAUCGUAAAACUUUUUCUGAAAGGAAAUCUGACUGGAGUGGUAUUUAAAGGAAGGCCAUUUUUUGAUUUUUCUUGGGAUUUUCAUAAUAAUGGGAAAAUGAACGAAAUAUAUUAUUUUCUAUAUUACAACUUUUUAUAAGAUGUAUAACCGAAUUCCACUCAGAAUCGUUUUUCGUUAGCAAAGAUUAAUCAUUGGGUACAGGUAUAAGUACAUUUAGUUCCCUUCCUCUCUAUAUCUUUCCUUCCCAACUUCUCACCUACAACAGUGGCCUACCCAUCAUGUGAAGUAAUGUCCAUCUUUUUUAACAUAUUUAUAAAUAUAAAACUCAUGGGUAUAUUGGUAGUUAAGAAUAUGUCAAUAUUAUAUCGGGUUUUGUAAAAUUAAACAUAAAAAUAGCAGAUGAAAAAUAGAAUGAGGAGACCAAACUUAUACAUGCAAUCGCCUGCAUGAAAAACGUCGCGAAAUGAAUAGCACGGUUAAAUGGCCACAGACUGCGUUGCGUACGCUAGGGUUCCUACUUUAAUCCGCAUUGUAUUAAGAUUAUUCAUGUUUUUAGAAAAUAAAUGCAUUAUUUUGAACCAUAACCCAUAAUUAAUUAUAUAGCUCCCAAAAUUACGCAUUCAUACAUUUGCAUAUGUGUAUAUUUCAUUAACAUACCUUACAAUGUAUGGUGUUGCUUCACAGCAACAAACGACAAACAUUUUUAUAAUAAAUUACCCAAUAUACAACACUGUAAUUAAUUAAUAAAUACCAAAUAGUCAACUUAUAUUAUAACUUAUACUGAUUACAAAUAUUUAAAACAUAAAAAACACACCUAAUCAUUAAAUUUAAAUUAAACGAUUUAGUAUUUUAUUGGAUUUUGCAAACACAUCAAUCACCUCGGAAUUUAUUAUAAUAUCACGAUGAGCAUGUAAUAAAGACAGUCCAUUUAAUUGAACUUCCGACGUCCUUGAUUUUAUCCAUGUUUUUAUCCCCCCACAGAGAUUUCAUUCUGCUGAUGCAGUGAUCACUGGUAAUGUUACAAGUAUAUUUAACAGAAUAUUGAUUCCAGGGAAGUAUCGGUCAUGUUUCUAAAUAUCAAUAGAAUUCGUAGGUAAUAGUUGCUUCUCGUUGAGCCAAUACUCAUGCCAAAGGGCUAAUUCUCCAGUUAAGUUUUUUUUUAAAUAUAUCUGUGGAUAAAUUUAAUAAUUCGAUACCUACUAAGGCACCAAAUUGAUUUAAAAUCUUAUUUUCUAUUUCAGUCUUGUCGUCAAUUCGACAGGACUACAUCAAGAUCAUUAUAUACUGAUAUUGAAGAAUAAUAUUCAUUACUGAUUAAUAUUUACUAUCGUGUUUUUGAGACUAUAAAUUUACGUUUAUUGUGUACAAAAUAGAAUAAAAUUGAAUUGAUAUACCUUUAAACUGCUCGUGUUUAUGAAAGCAAAGAGAUAAUUUCAAUUAUUUUAUUUUUAAAACGAUAAAAUUCGUUCGUUGCUCACAUGGAACAGUAUGCAUUUAGAUUUUAGAAUGACUACGCGAAUACGCGUACCCAUAUUGAAUUCCGUCGUGUCUUUACCUUUACAAUAUUACUAGUAAUAUUAAUUAGUAGUGUCUACUAUAGACUAAAAAGAAAAAAAAGAGUAAUUUAUCGCCAACACUAUUUAGUUUAUACAUUAAAGUAGCGCUAAAAGAUCUAAGGUAUGAAGAAAUUUGAGGGAUCGAGAUUGGCGGAAUACUAGUCCAGAUGCUUCGAUUCGCAGAUGAUAUUGCCAUGAUAGCAGACAAUGAAGAAAACCUAGAAUGUUUACUUCUACAAAUGAAUAACACACUUAAGCAAGAACAUAAUUUGAAUAUUAAUCAGAUUAAAACAGAGAUACCAGUAAGUAGCAGACAGCAUGUAGACACUACUCAGAAGCAGUCACAAAUGAGGGGAAAAGCACCACAGACAUUUAGUGUAGAAUAGUACAAGGUAAAUAGGUGUUUUUUAAAAAAUAAUAAACUUCUAAGUUCUAACCACAAAUGCAAUAAAUUAAACUCUAGAGAAACAUUAGCAAAAACAUUUAUAUGGAGUGUGGUACUGUAUGGAAUUAAAUUGUGGACAAUAUUCUGAUUGUAUCUCUGGAAACUACCUAUAUGAAUUAAGAUCUGUCAUUACUUAUCCUUUAUGGAUUCUAUUUCAAAAAAUGUUUGAUGAGGAUACUUUUCCAUUUAUGCUAAAGUUUAGUUUUGUUACACCUGUCUUCAAGUACGGUAAUCAUGCUAUGGUCUCAAAAUAUUGACUUAUUUUUAUCCAAUCUUAUAUCUCUAAAUGUUAGAGUCACUAGUAUUGAUUGCUAUACAACCAUUUAUCAAUAAUGUUCUAAUGGAGGAGCAGCAUGGUUUCCAUCCCAGGCGUUCCACAUCUAUCUAUAAUUUAAUUUUCUGCAAUUGUAUAUUAGAGUCUUUUCAUAAUCAAUCGCAGGUGAAUUUAAUCUACACAUAUUUUAAAAAGGUGUUUGACACAGUUAGCCAUAAUGCUCUUAUAAGUGUCCUUAAACAGUCCGGUAUUGGUGACCCUAUUUUAUUCUGGUUCUAGUCUUAUCUUAAGUAUAAUUACUAAUGUGUAAAGUUUUUCGGAAUUAAAUCUAAUUUAUUUUUGGCCUCAUCCGGUGUUCCUCAAGGAGGCUAUCUCUCUCCUUUAUUAUUUUCAUUAUUUAUUAAUAGUAUUUAUCAUCAAUUGCGCUAUUGCUGUCUCCUCUGUUUCGCUUCUGAUAUUAAGCUAUAUGCUCGUGUAUUUGCUAUUGAUGAUUGCUUUAAACUACAAGACGAUUUAAAUAACUUUUUUAAUUAGUUUGGGCUGUUAGAAUUAUCCCUAAAUCUUUCUAAAUGUAUGGUUAUGAAUUUUAAUAGAACCCGUUCCUUAAUAGUUUUCUCUUACUGCCUGGGUGAGUCACCUAUUAUGUAUGCUGCUGAAGAUGGUGUCAUUAACCUAGGUUUAAAAUUCAACCAUAGCCUUUAUUCGAGUUCCCACAUUAUAUAUAUAUCUGUUGUAAGGGUUUUAAAACCCUUGGGUUCUUAAUGAGAUUAUCCAAGGAUUUCCGUUUAGGUAUGUCAAUUAAGGCACUUUUUUGUGCGCUUGUACUUCCAAUACUCUAGUAUGGUGCAAUUGUAUGGGAUCCUUUUACUUCAGGUGUCUCGUUGCAGGUUUAAAGGGUACAUCGUUGAUGUUUGUGGUUUGCCAGUUAUCUGUUACAGGUCCCUUGUGAACCUCAUGACUAUACCCUUGUGUCUGAUUUAUUUAAUUUAACCUCUUUGGCUGAGCGUAGGCGAUUAGCCGGUAUACAUUUUGUUAAAAGUCUCAUGAAUAAUAAAGUGGAUUCAAACGUCCUUCUCUCCUUGCUUUGUUUUAAGGUUCCCUGGCGCACUUAUAGGUCAAGUGUUCCUUUUUAAUUCCUCAUUCUAUCAUCAAUUACAUAUGCAUUGAGUCUAUUAGGUGAUUAAUACCUCGUGCUAAUACGGAUCCCACCUUUCUCAUGUCUGUUCAUAAUAUUUAAAAUUGUAUGUUUUGUAUGUACUCUCAUUGUAAACUUUACUACUUGUUAUCUUUAUUUUGCAUAUAAUAUCUUUAUUCUAAAAUAUACUUUCUAAUGUAUAUUAAUGUUGUAAAUAAGGGCCUUGCUUAUAAAUGUGUUAAGUAAAAUAAAAUAAAAUAUUGAAAGUAGAUAGAAGAAAAAUAUAGAGAUUUUUGAAACUUGGUGCAGGCGGAAGGUUUUAAAAAUGUCUUAGACUGAGCUAGUGACAAUUGAGAAUAAGAGAAGAAAGAUCAAUAUGGGUAACAAUUAUAGAAAGAAGUGUACGACUAUAGAGGAAAUAAGGGAAGCCAGGAAAGGAAGACUUAGGUAAUUCAUAUUAAAGUCAUAUUAUAUAAAACAAAUUAUGUUGAAUAUAGGAAAAAGAACAUACAGGAAAUUGAAAGAAGUCGUUUUGAAUAGAGAAGAAUGGAGAAACAUCACAUAAUUUAAUCAAUUGGAAAAAAAAGACGGGCUUGGUUUAAAAAUAUUUUUCCAAGCGCAGCCCGAAUUACUGGCAUGUAAAAUUCAGGCCGGGCACUGAUUAUUUUUAAUCAUUUUCGAAUAAUUCUACCACGCCUGUCGUAUCUGUAGGAUUGGUGAUAUUCAGUGGCGGUUCUAGGACUCGAAUUUCCUAUGGGUGCCACUGGUGGUUAUAGGAAGGGAUUGAUCAAUUGAUAAACCCCCCACCCUUGGCUCAUAUUUAUGUGUUAAUUCUCAUAUUCAAAAAUGGAAUAUGUAUUUAUAAUAUGUAUACUAUUUUCAUCCUCCCCUUCUUGGAGCUUAUAAAUAAGCUAUAGAAUUGCUAAUUCGUUAAUGGCCAAAUUAUUCCCUUAACAAUUAACACAUGUAAAAAUAUUAAUAACUACUAAAAAGUAUAAAGAUAGAUUUUCUUUAUUUUUAUGCAAAAUAUAAAUAUAUAUUGUUAUACAACGUAAACACACUUUAGUACAUGUGUUUUUUUUUUAUAACAAUUGCGCGUAUAGUUAAGUAUAUUUAUUAGUAAAAACAACAACGGCACGUUAUCAUAAUUACAGGACGGUGUAGGAGUAUGUUCAGCGUACGUCAAUGACAAACGGGACGCUAUAAGCACCCGAAUCACUAGAAUACGAUGCUAUUACAAUCUGGACUUAAGUGAUACACAUAUCAUAUCAACAUAGACAGUGGAAAAAAAAAGCCAAUACUGGGGACGAAUAUGCCACUAUUGUAGGUGGGAAGUUGGAAAGGUAGAAAAGAUGCAUAAAGUUAUUUAAUUUAUAUCUGUAGACUGUAAUUAACGAUAAACUAUUGCUAACGAAAUAUGAUUCGGAGCAUAGUUUGGUUUUACAUAUUUUAAAAUAAUUUUUACGGUUCUUGUCAAAAUUGAUAUAAUGGUAUUUUUUUUUUUUUUUACAACAAAAUACGACUUACAAUUAACAUCCCGUUAAAAUAUAUUCAAGCAUAUCUGUUAAGUUUAGCAAUUUUAACCUUAGAUACCUAUAAAUAAUAAUAACGUUAAUAUUAAUAUUACAAAAUUAAAAUGUUUAUAAAUAGCUCAAACAUUUUGAAAAUUUUAUCAUGUCUAUAGAAAGCAACUAUAAGUUUUCUGUCAAAAUUUCAAGUCUCUACGAAUAUUUUCAACUGAAUUACAACAAAAACACAAAAUUGAAAAUAAUAAAAACAUUAUUUUCGUGAAUUUUCUCGUCUACGUUAAUUUUCGGUUUUGCUCGUAAAAAUUUAAUUUAGAUGUGAAAUUCAAUAAAAAGAUUUCUUUUCGUUUUUCUAUUGAAGCAAUAUUUCUGGUAUGAAAAAUAGUUUUAAAAAAUUAAAAACAAUGAAAUCAGUAAUACAGUGUCAUACCGUAAAUAUUUUCCCAUUUAGAAAAUUAAUAAAUGACACCAACUAGAUAAAAUCUCCUUUUAGAAAAGGUACUACACUUAAUAUAUCGGAGCAAGAAAAGUGUAGUUUAGUGUAAUUUACUAAAUUUUUCAAAUGAACAAACAUAUAGGUAGUAAACUAAUAUAUCCCUUUUUAAUGAAAUGUGUAAAACUACAUGAUACAAAACUUCUUAAUACGUUAACAUUAACAGUUUACGUACAUGCAGCUGCCCGCCCUGCUAGUUCACUAAAACCACCACUGGUGAUAUUAGUUAAGUAACAUAAAUAUAAGUAAUGAUCAGUAAUUUUUUGUAAAAACAAAUAAUUUAAAUAAUACAUUUUAAAUUUAUAAAUCCAACCCUUGCAGAUCUUUAGUACCUACCCACUGUGAAAAAUUAAAAUUUAUAGAUCGCUAUGUUUUUUGUAUAAAUGAAAUUGAUCACUACUAGAUUUGUCUGACUAAAAGCCAAAAUAUGACAUGUUGCCCCUCCAUUUCUGACAUUUGUCCAAUUUAGACUAUUGUCUGUAACACGUAAAUACAUUAUACAGUUAAAGACAUUUUAGACUAAAGUAUGAUGUUAACUCACGGAAAAGAAAACACGCGUUGAUGUACUCUGACUACUGAUUAAAUACUAUCUUAGCUUAUAAUUUAUAUUAACAAUUAGAAAAAAUACGAAUAUUUUAAAUAUUGAAAGACUAUAUAUUAACAAAAGUUUCAACUACUAUACAUUUUCUGAAAAUCUAUUUUACAAAAUGUCUAAUUGAUAAACUGUAGUAUAGAGGUAUAUUAAUUAUUUAAAAAAGUUGUCGUAGGAUAAUGGGGACCCGUACAGUCACUGUUGUAGGUAGGAUGUUAGGAAUGUAGAAUAUAGAUAGAAAUUAAAUAUAUAUCUGUAAGCAAAGAUUAACCAUUGCUUACGAAAAAUGAUUCUGAGCAGAGUUCAGUUAAUAGUGUAACUUUGUCAACAAUAUAUGUCAUAUUUAUUUAAAAUUACAUAUGCAUUAAACAUUUUCUUUAAUGUUAUUUAUUUAAUAUUGUACAUAUUUUCCCAUUCUCUCAGUUUUUCCAUGUUUUUUCCCAGUUUUCCCCCUUUUUUUGAUUAAACUCCUGGAAAAAUCAAAAAUGACCUCUCAAGUCAGAUUUUAUUUCAGAAAAAAUUGCUAACAUUGUAAAUCUGAACAAAAUUGUUGAUAGAACAAUUGUUCACAGGGAAAAAAAAAGGUUGUAAUAUUUUUUUUACUAAUAAGUAAAUUUCAUACAUUUUCUGGUUUUUUCCAUUUAUUAUAAAAACUGGGAAAAUAAAAAGAUUACCUCCCCAGUCAGAUUUCCUUUUAGAAGAAGUGUUAUCACAUUGUAUAUUGGAGCAAAAUUGUCCACAGAAAAACAAGAAAAAAUAAAAAAAUAAAUUAUAUCAUAGUAAAACCAUAAGCUUCUUCGCUCAACAAUCUUAAAUAUGUAUAUAUAUACUGACUUUUUUACAUGUAACUACAGUGUAAAAAUGUUAAAUAGUCUUGUUAUACUUUGUAUAUUAAAAAUAUUGAAUUCAGAUUGUAUCAGAGAAUUAGUGAGAAAUCCUGUUUAUAUAAAUGUACGCUUCUUUGUGUUCCCCAUUUCCAUUUGUAUGUUUGAACCAAAUAUUGUGAUCGAAUUGGACCAGACCAAAUUUCCCUAUUAUUGUACCAGAUUACUGUGUUUUUCUAAAAAUAAAAGAAACUGAAAAUACUGGACUUUAAAGACCUACUUACUAAAGUACCAAGGUCCACUCAAAAUUGCUUUUUGACUGAAAAGAUUUAUCAUUACUUUUAGUGUGUAAACUAAAUUAAAUUAUAUAUCCUAUACCCUCUUAACUUUUAAUUUAUAACAGUAGCCUACCCCCAAAGUGUAAAAUAUGUCUGGAUUUUCAAAUAUUAUGGUUAAUAUUAAGUGAUUAAUCUUAAAAUUUUUUCUUUAUAAUAUAACAGGAUCUAAAUUAUAAAUUAAUUAAACUGAAUUACUAAUGUUUUUUGUGUUAUUAUUAGUUUUUAGCUAACGGACUUAGAAUUAUAGCACUGAAUUACUUAGAAGUUUACCCAUAUGAUAAAUGGUCUAAUAAGCAGAUCCAUGAUUACAAUCAAGGCCAAUCAUUUAUGCCUACUGGAUUAGAAAUGAUUGAUGGCCACACUAGUGCUCCUAACCUUCUCACAGAAGCUGAUUUAAUUUCACUGAUGGAUAAACAUGGCAUUGGUAUAAAAUGUUAAUGAUGUUUCUAUAAUCAUGGCACUGUAAUUAAUUGUAAUUGUUACUAUUGCAAUAGGUACUGAUGCUACACAUGCAGAACACAUUGAAACUAUCAAAUCACGUCUAUAUGUUGGACUAGAAAAUAAUAAAUACUUUGUUCCUGGAGAACUUGGUAUUGGUCUGGUUGAAGGUUAUGAUAAUAUGGGUUUUGAAAUGUCUAAACCACAUUUAAGAGCUGAACUUGAAGCAGAUUUAAAAAAGUAACUAGUUUACUGAAAUACCUUGUUAUUUUUAAAUCAUCAAUCACCACCCAUUUAUAUUUAUAGAAUAUGUGAGGGAACUAAAGCACCGUCAUUAGUGCUUAGAGAACAAAUAGCUAAAUAUAAAGAAGUGUUCAUAAAAACAACAGAACAAGUAUGCAAUUUGAAUUAUAUAAAGAAAUCUAAUUUUAAUCACAAGCAAAAUAUUUUUUUUUUUCUAGGUAGAAAAAUUGGAUCAGUCUUUAGGGAAAUAUUUAAGAAUACAGCCUGUUGCUCUUCAAAAUAAUGGUCAACAUCAGUCAAUGGCUAUAAAAAAUAUUAGAAAAUGUCCUGCCUGUAAAAAAUCUACCUUAGUAUUAAAACAAAAAACAAAUAGUCCUGGGUUUUAUGUUACAUGCAAUGGUUUUCCAGCGUGUAGAAAUACAUAUUGGUUACCUCCUAGUGUAAUUGAUGCAAAAGUCACUGAUAACGUUUGCUCCCAGGUAUUUAAUUAAAGAUAAUAUUUCUUAGUAUGUAUGUUUAGUUUUUAAUUUCAAUAUUAUUAAUAAUAAUGAUAUAAAAUAUUUUAGUGUCCUGGAGGUAUACAAUUAAUUCAAUUUCAAUUCAGUCCUAGAAGUAUGCAGCCACAUUAUCCAGAUACUUAUGAUGGUUGCAUAAAUGGAUGUGAUUCUUUAUUGUGUGAAAUACUUCAAGUAGACAUAUCCACAUCUCGUACAUCUCCAUCAAAUACUCAAUCUAAUAAUAAAAAUAUAAUAACAACAAAUCAAAACAGGGGUAAUAUUAUUUAAACAAUUUUAUUCUAUUUAUUUUAUUUUAUAAUCUAUUCGUAUUUUCAGUAAUUAAAUAAAUUAUUAAUAUUUUGUUUUAUUCAUAUUUCUAGGUAAUGCACAUACAAAUAUUAAUCUUCGUGUAGCCAAUCAUUUUCAAACAAAUACUAAUACACAACCUCUUAAUAAUGGUAUUUAAAAUUAUCAGUAAAAAAAUAAUUAAUACUAAAUAAAAUGUCCAUUUUCACCCAUAUUUUUCAAUAUAUAAAGUAACAAUAGCAUCAAUAUUUUAAAUUUUAAAAAUAUGCCUUUAAUUUUAAAAUUGUGUUUUACCUACUAAAUAGUAUAUAAGUGUAUUAAUCAAUUUAUUUAUGUAACGAGAUAUUUUUAAAUUCUUAGAGUUGUUUGACUAUGAGAGAAUUUGUUAUUAUUUAUUUAUGAAAAGUACAUUACACAAGUACAUUUUUAAUUUAUUUUAUUCAAUAUUAUCAAUUAGGUAAAAAUUUAUAUUACAAAAAACAUAAUCGACUAUAACUGAGUUUAAACAUUUAAAAUCAAAUAAUGAUUAAAAUGCCAUGUUUUAUUUUAAAAUAUACAUUAAUUAUAAUUUAAAAUUUAUUAUUAUUUGACUUUAUAGAUCAAGUUUGCUGCCAGUGUGGUGAUGGUGCUAAGUUGUAAGUAUUUUAUAACACUUACAUUCUUCUCCUUUAUCUUCAUCCCAACCAUUUGGGGUAGACCACCCUCAUCCUAAACUUUUACUUGACCCAAUCCACCCCAUCAUCCUCAUAUCGAUCAACUAUUUUUCAGUAUUCCUCUAUCUUUUCUUACAUUUAUUUCCAUUACCAUUCUUUCUACUUCUGAUUCCUCUCUCCUCAUAACAUGCCCUAACCAUCUUAGUUUAUUUUUUCUCAUUUUGUCUUUUUAUUAAAGCAACUCCUAUACUACUUAUUAUGUACUCAUUCCUAAUCCAAUUUUCUCUCGUAACUCCACUCAUCCACCUAAACAUUAUCAUGUCUACUAAACUUAUUCUCUACUUUAUUUUUCUGUCUAUCACCCAACACUCAGGACCAUAUAACAUAGUCAAACUCGUCACAUUCUAGUUGAGUAAUGCCUUACAUUUUUAUGGCUGUUUUUUAUAGUACAGUCAACUUGUGAUAUAACAAAUUUCAAGAGACUGAAAAAAAAGUUUGGUAUUUCAAAAGUUUGUUGCAUCAAUAUUUUUUAUAUCAAAAAAUUAUGUAUACAAUACGAGAGUCAUUAGUAAUGAUUAUACAGAGUGUCCUAUGAGGAUUCGACAAAUACAAUAACUUUUGUUCUAUUCAAUAUUUUUGAUAUAUAUUUUUUUUUAAAUAAUUAGUAUGCCUAACACUACAGUUUAUAUAUGAACAUUUUCUUUUAGGUGGAGGGGAACUUAUAAAUAAAAAAUUCAAAGCUAAUUUUGUAAAAUAGAUUUUUAGACAAUGUUUGGUGGUUGAAACUUUGUUAAAGUAUGGUUUUUUAUUUUCUACAAUUAUUUGAAGUUUUUGCAAAUGUGAAUAUUACAAUAUUUAAUCAGUUAUUAGUCAGGGCACAGACAAGGAUUUUCUUGUCCAUGAGUUAAUAUCAUGUAAUAAUAUUAUCAUAUUAUAGGUAUUAGUAUCAAUCAAUCAAUAAUGGUAAAUUAUGUUGAUAAACAAUAUUGGUAUGAUUGAAAAGAAAAUUUUCAAUAAAUCUUAGAAAAUAAAAGAUCACACUUAAACAAAAGUUUCAACUACCAAAAAUCUAUUUGACAAAAUAACUACUUUAAAUUUUUUUAAAAAAAUGUUAGUAAAAUUUAAAAGAUUUUAUUUUAAGUCCCCUCCUCAUAAAAAAAUAAUGUUCAGAUAUAUACUAGUUCAGAGGCAUACUAGUUAUUUAAAAAAAAAAAAUAUAUAAAAAGUAUUGAAUAGAACAAAAUUUAUUGCAUUUGUUGAAUCCUCAUGGGACACUCAUACAUAAUAACUCACUAUUAUAUACUUAUGUGAAAUUGUGAACAGUAAUUUAAAGCAUAUUUCUAUAAUUUUUCGUAGAGCUGUUAUACAUUUAUCGACAUCUUAUCUCCUAUUUUAAUAACUAUAAUGUACUGUCAAAAAACUCUAUAUUACCAAGCUAUUUAUUUUUAUUAGCUAUGUAUUUUUUGUUAUCAUUAUACACUAACAAACAUGUAUCUAAUUUUAAUAAAAAUUGAAAAUUUGUUAUAUUGAGCCCCAAAAUUGUAAAAAUUUGUUACAUUCCUUGAAUUUUGGCCAAAAAACUUUGUUACAUCGAGGGGACCAAAAUACAUUUAAUUUUUUGUUACAUCAUGAAAUUUUUCAAUGAAACAACAGUUUUAUUCAUAAUAUUGAGAUUUUCGUUACAACUAUACUUUCAUUAAACAUUCUUCUUUUUCUUCUUUUCCUUCUAACCUUCAUCUCAAUUAUUUGAGGUCACUCUUGUUCUAAACUUCCAAUUCACUAGAUAUUCCACCUCGCAUUUACCGGCUAUCCUUAUAUCAUUCUCAAUUACAUCCAACCAUCUCUUUUUCAAUCUUCCUCUCUACCUAUUUCCUACUGCAUUUAUUAUUAUUACAAUGUUUACUGCUUCUUAUCUCCCCAUAACAUGCUCAAACCAUCUUGACCUAUUUUUUCUCAUUUUGUUUAAUAUCGAAGCCACACCUAAACUACCUCUUAUUUUAUCAUCUCUUAUUCUAUCUUCUGUCAUCGCUCCUCUCUUUCUCCUAAGCACUUAAACAUUGUCAUCUUUAUUCCACUCAUUCUUUGUUCUAUUUUUUUAUCUACUUCUCAAUACUCUGAACCUUACAACCUUACAACCCAUGUUACAUGAAACACAAAAUACCUGAUACUUUUUUCCACUUGAUCCAACCACUAGUAAUCCUAUGUUUCACAUACUCAUGAAAGCCACUGAAAGUCACAUUUGAAAGUCAAAUUUUUGUUUAGAACUCCUCAUACUGUUUACCAGAAUUUGAUACCAUUUAUAAUAGCUUAUUAUAGACUAAAAACAUAUAAUAAAUAUAUUCGGUAUGGAACAUUAAUUUUAAAUACUAUUUCUUUAUUUUACUGAUUUAUUUUUUUAUUAAUGUUUUUUUUUUUUAAUUUUUUUUUUUUUUUUUGGGUUGUAAUUUGAAAUAAAUAUUAUAUAUCUUAGAUUAACAGUCACCAGAGAAACACCAAAUAAGGGUCGUCAGUUUUAUGGAUGCUCCAAGCCAAUUUCAACACCUGAUAGAUGCAAUUUUUUCUUAUGGGCAGAUGGCCAAUUUUCUGGUUCUACCCAUACUCAAUUAAACAAUAGAACUAAUAAUCAAAAUAAUAAUAGACAUAUGAAUAAUUCAUAUAGAGCUAAAACUCAAAAUAGUUAGUAUUUAUUAUAAUUUAUUAUCUUGGACAAUAUAUAUAAGUUAUUUAUGUUUACAGAUAGUGGACAUGGACAAAGAAAAUGUGGACUUUGUAAGCAAGCAGGUAAAUAAAAGUUCGAUAGUUGUCUUUUUCAUAAAAAUUAAAUAUAUUUGAGAUUUAUAUAUUUUGAUUUGUUUUUCAAGGUCAUACUAGAAGAAACUGUCCUCAGAGCUAACAAAAUUCAAACAAUACCAAAAGAUAUAAAAAUUAAAUUCUAUUCAUCCAAAAUAGUUUUAAAGUUACCUGUUUUACAUAAUAACUUUACAAUUAUGAUAUAUCAAAUGUAUAACUCAAUUAAUUAAUUUAGACUAUCUUGUUAAACUACUUAAAAAUGUAUUCCUUAAAAACAAGGAAAAAUAAUUUGUUAGAAAUAAAUUUAUUGUUUUAUUAUAAUGUUAUAUAAACUAAAAUAUGUCUGUUUAUAUAACAAAAUACUUUUUUUGUUUUAAAUAAGUACGUAGCUUGGUUAAUAAAUAUAAUAUAUAAUAGUAAAUAAUUAGUUUAAUCUUAUAUACUUUCAUCCCACCUAUUUAAAG